AUUCAGACUGUGGCAUCUGUGAAUGUGGGUGGUCUUGGUCUUUGUGGAAAAUGAAUUCAGCAGAUUUGAAGAGGACAAGCUGCAGAAAUCUGUUGCAUAGUAAGCUGCUGAUGCUGUGUGGACAUGGUUGAGUUGGACAUGCCUAACCUCUAUUUUUAUAAUGUCCUUUGCCAUUUUCAGAUUGUCCUUGUCCUGUUAGAGGAAAUACAUUUAAUUGACAGGGAGCUACAACACAAAUCAGUGCCAUUAACAGACUAGAUAAGGUGACAAAGGAAGUGAAAGAGAAAAAACAGCUGAGUUUCUCUAUUGAAGCUAGUUGGCUGCACCCAUGCCUUUUAUUUCGAGUCCCGUGCGCCUAGAGAGUGCGCCAUUACUGUGCUGCUGCCCCCCCCCCCGUGUCCUUCCUCCUUCCCCUUCUCUCUCCUCCCCCAACUUCGUCAGACGCACGCAGUUACGCAAAUGGUCCAGGAGGACAGGACGCAGCAGCCAGCAGGAAUCAGAGGCAAAGCAAGUAAAUGGCAGGUGACACUGAGGCAUUGGAACUUACUUAUUAGCUGCCUGAAGCCGAGCACCGCGGAUUGCCCUGGACUGAAUGACGUCAUUGAUCCCGUCGCGUCCCGGCUCCAUUCAUUUCAUUACUAAAUUUUGACAUUCCUGGCCCGGCCUAUAACACUAUGCAGGCCCUGGGCUAAGUGCCUGGGUCGUCAGCGGCGAAUCCGACCCCUGUUACCGGCUACAUGGAGUUGAGAAGCGACUGUGUAAACAAGGCCAAAAACUAAAGUUGAUGCUGGAGCAGAAAGGAGCGAGUCCGUCACUGCAAAUACUACAGCUUUAGCCUUAAAGUCUGUGAAAAUGGAUGAGCUGAAGAGCGUGUGUGAAUAUAUUUAAUGUGACUGACAGUUCCGGGUGGGCUUGCAACAUGCAGGUGGACAGCCAAUCUCUGAGUUUAAGAGAUAAAACAUCAAAAGCUGUGACAUCUAAAGGACGUUAUGAAGUAGUGGAUGAUAAAGGAGCACUCUGCACUCCUAUUCCAAGAAGAUGCAUAACAAGGGGCUUGGCAAACGCAAAUGCUGCUGCUGCAGAAUCUGUGAUGUUGCAAGUACAACAACAAGAGGAGUUUCUGAAAUCUAAAGAAGAAAAAAGGCUCAGAGAACAAGAGAGACAUGAAGCGGAAGAGGCCAGCCAAAAAGAAGUGGAGGAGUGGGAAAGGAACCUGCUUGCACUUUUUGCGCCCACCUCCAUGGAAACCAUGUGGGAAAUACCAGCCAUUGGGCACUUUCUCUGCUUAGCUCAACAAAUUUUGAAUCUGCCAGAAAUAGUUUUUUAUGAAUUGGAACGCUGUUUAUUAAUGCCUCAGUGCAAUGUUUUUCUGUCAAAGAUUAUGACUUCUUUAUUAAGCCCCCCGCAUCGUAGACCAACUUUACAUCGUAGGCCUAGCCUCCCAUACCAAGAGUGGGAAACUGCUCUCAGGCAAAGGGUACAGCAGUGGUAUACUAUGGUAGGUCAAGCGGAAAACCCAGAUCGUUGUGCUGAGAAACUUGGCCUCUGCUCUCAGUUUUUUAAGGUACUGGGUGAAGUCAGUCCACUUGAAAAAAAAGCAUUUCAUGAGCUGCCAUUCUAUCAAAAAGUUUGGCUGUUGAAGGGUUUGUGUGACGUUGUAUAUGAAACUCAGAGCGAAGUCCAAGAUGCUGUACUUGGCCAGCCUAUUCAUGAAUGUAGAGAGGUUAUUUUAGGCUAUGAUGCUCAAGAAAAUGCUUACAUUCACUUCCCUCAAUUUUGUGGUGCAGAUGUCCGUGUGUAUAAACAGAGACCAUUUAGAGCCCCCGAGUUUCCAGUCCCACCUGUUCAGGUGAAAAGAGCUUUUAAAACUAGACUGGAGAGAACAAAAUGUAAGAUUUCUAACAAAUGCAAUGGAGACAUAAGGCCUGCCAAAAAAGUGUUACCUGAAAUCUAUAGGGGAAGCAUUCAGAGCUGUGAGAGUCAAGAAAACUGCCAUGAAAAGCCUCAAGUUGAAAAUUGCAGUAGCAGUACAGUGCAAGACAUCAAGAUAAUUUGUGAGACCCAUCAGCCAUGCAACACUAUAGAAACUGUAUGUUGUAAGGAAAAUGUGGAAAAGUCCAUCAGUCCUGAAGCUGUUUAUGGGGAACCUCUGAGUCCUGGAGAAAUUAGAGUUCUUGAAGAUGUUGAUAAAUAUGGAGAGGCAGCAAUAGGCAAAUUGGAAUUUAGCCCUCUUAAAGAAAAUGCAUUAAAAGCUUGCCAGAUUCAUGUAAAUAAGAACCACACUGAUAGUACUGAUGUCAUCUGUCAUCAAGUAGCUAUGGAUAUCAUUUUAGAUAGUUCUUUACAUAAUCACAAGAAAUUAAAACUCAGCAGAAUACGGGCCAAAAAGAAAAAGAAAAAAAAGAAGAAAUUUAAAGAUACUCUUAAUGACCACUUGCAACUUAAAUGUGAUAGCCUACAAUUGCACAAAUUCAGAUCCUUAAAAACUGAAAUUAAUAGCAAGCUGUAUUUUACAAAAAAGAGGGCAAAACACAAGAAACACAAAACAGGAAACAAUACUGUAUCCAAGAAAGCAGUUACAAAGAAAAGAAAAACAGCAAACUCACCUACAACCCCUGAAUUCCAGCUUGUGUGUACAAAUCUUGACGAACUCAGGGAACUGAUAAAGAAAAUUGAAGGAGAGCUUAAAGAGUUGGAAACCAACAAAAAGAAAUCAGAGAAAUGGUAUUUCAGAAGACAAGGUGUAAAAGAGUUGCAUAGCACCUUAGUUCGUUUGCUAAAUGAAUUGUUGCCUUGGGAACCAAAGCUACAGAAAGCCUUUCAAAAACACAGAGCUCGUCUUAAGAAAGACUUCGAUGAUUUUAAAAAGUUGCCAGAAAAUAAAAACUUUACUAGGGAGCAUGGUUCUUGUGAAGAAAAUGAAGCAUCCAAAUCAUCAAGCUCCAUGACCAGCACAACUGCAAUAUGCCAUCAAAUAAUUCUGAGAAAUGAUAAGCUUGAUUCCCCUAAGCUUAAAGAGAUGGAUACACCUAAAAAAGAAUCCUUAAUAAGAUACACAUCGACACAAAAAACUUCUAAGCGGCACUGCAGAUCAUCCAUGAGUCCAGGUGCUGAAGCAAAGGUUUUUGUUCCAGGAAAGAAAGUCAAGUUAAGUGCACAGGUAGAUAGUCUGCAUUGCACUGAAGUUGCACAAACAUGUUGCAGCUUAAAGGACAAAAAAGUUGAAUUAGAAGGUCAGCAUAUAUCAAAAGACACUAUCUGUGCUUCAGUAACGGAUUCUAUUAAAGGAACCAAACCUAUUCAGGCUUUGCUUGCAAAAAACACUGGGAACAAAGUGACCUUAACCAACCAUCAGGUGCAGUCCACAGAUAAGACUACACCAGCUGGAGAAACAUCAGCAAUAUCCCCUACUCAGUCAGUUCAGACAAAGCCUUUGCUGACUGGCCAGGCAACUUCCAAAAAUCCAUUACAAAUGAUUUAUAAGUUGCCAGAUGGUCAAUGUAUCCCAAUUGAUCUACAUAAUUCCACGGUAAAGAUUCAGGUUCAGCCUAUGACGGAUUCUAAAACUGGAGAGAAAAUAAUGCAGCAGGUUCUAUUUUUACCCAAAAAUCUGUAUAUUCAGCACAAAGAAGCAAAGGCUAAUACAAAUGCAAGUCAACAAGUGCAAUCAAACACAGGAGGACAGCUCUGUAUAUCAAAUGAAACACCUAUACCUCCCAAGAGUUUUGCUUUUCAAGAAAAAAUAGAGCUGACACCAUCACUUCACAGCACAAAUAUGGCACAUUUUAAAAAACAUUCAAGCCCUGCCAUUGCUCCAGAGACUGUAAUAUCCACACCUGAUAGAAAUGUUUUUGAGUCGCAGUGUGACAAGGGCACUGCAAAAAAUCCUGUUUUGGGUACUCUUCAAGCAUCACUACGCCAGUCUGGAACAUUGCUUUCUGUUCUGUCUGACAUGACAAAAGCACCCCAAACUAAGGACAUUGCCAGUCACACACUAAACCUGUCACCCACACUACCUAGGGAACUAUCUGACUCAAAGCAAGAACUGAAAACCGUGUGCAUUAGAGAUUCUCAGUCAAUCCUUGUACGUACACGAGGUGGUAACACUGGUGUUGUGAAAGUACAAACAAGUCAAGAUCAUAGCACUAAUCCAAACGCUGUUUUCUCAUUCACACCACAGCUUCAGUCAUUUCUGGGGUCAAAGGUUAAAACAUCAUCUUCAUCUACAUUAGCCUCUGUACCGUCACCUUUACCUGGCUUUUACUCAUCUUCUGAAUACUCACGGAUAUCUUCAGAAUCUGUUUCUGGAGGUCCAAAUCAGUUAUCAGGAACUAACACUAAGCUGACUCAAAGACAAAAUUCCAACACUGGUUAUAUAUGUAAGGUGUCAGAUAAUCUACAGCCUUCUAACCUGCUCCCCGCAGUUUCAUCAGCAAAUUCUUGGCUUCCAUCAAAUUCAUGGGGCAAUAUUGAUGCUGCCACUUCUAUUAGCAACUUAUCUCACGAUGGUCCAUCACCUGGAAGAAAUAGUGUUCCAGUCUCUGCAACUGACAUAAAACAGACUGAGCCAAAGAUGAGCAAAAUAUCUGUGGUACAACCGGAUAGUACUACAUCAAGAGGUGAACCGGUAAAUGUGCCAAACCUUCAAAAGGUUAUGUUGGUUCAAUCCCCUUCUGUUCUUACACCUGGAAAUGCAACAAACAUGAAUUUUUCAACAACACAAACAUCUUGUUCAGGCCCAGCUCAAAAGUUUGUAUUCCUUAAUACACAGGUUCCAACAGGUUUACCUCGUACUACCAUAUCCAUGCAGUCCGCAAAACAAACAGUGCCAUCUUUUGUUGGAAAGACACAUGGUAAAAUGUCCGAGCAACCUCAAAUUAUUUUAAUUCCUUCCACAUUAGGCACACCUGUGAAAAUGAGUUCCACACCAAUCGUUUCUCAAAUUAAAGAUGUUAAAAUUGGACUAACAAUUGGUCAGACUAUUGUAAAUACUGGCCAUGCUGCAAAAAAUAUGUUACCAGUGAACAUAUUCCAAAACACAUUAACGAAGGGUCGGGAGAGCAUCCUUCAAAAAAAUGCAAUCUCAAAUGUAACUAAUUUGAUUCCAUGUCCUGAAAAUGCUGGCCGUAUUGUUGGUCAGAAUUCUGAUUAUGAUUGCACAGGAACUACAGCAAAAUGGCCUGCAGGAUGUGCUGUUGAAUCUUCCAUUAAUUCAGUUGUAGCACACUCCAGUUCCACAGAUCAGAAUAACAGUUAUGCGCCAGCUCUGACAAAUCGAUUGUCCUCCACAAACAUAAGCAACACUGUAGCUAUAUCCACGGUUAAAACAGGACAUCUCUCUUCCUCUGUUUUACUGUCAACAACACAAAUGGCUGGUCAGGUGAAGAGCACAUUGUCAUCUUUUCGGAUACCAGGUUCACCAACUUUUUCCACUUCUUGUGAGCCUUCAAAUGCGACACCUCCAAUAAGUUCUGCAUGUCAGCCAUUAUCUAAUUUAACAACACAAACCUACUCUAAAACACUGUCAACAAACGCCUGUACAUCACAGGGUUCACAGACUCCAACCACAGUGACUAAACCAAGGUCUGAUUCAUUGUUUUCUCAAGGUUCCACUGGUCCAUUACAGAUAUCCUCAGCACUUCCUAAAACCCAACUGUUUGGACAGUUAAAUGACUCUUGCUUUCAACAGAAAAUAGUUAUCAAUACUAGCACACCACUAGCACCUGGAACCCAGAUCACAAUUAAUGGCACACGCUUUAUUGUUCCACCUCAGGGUCUUGGUGUUGGAAGUCAUGUUCUUGUAAUAUCUCCCAGUACAAAACAUGAUGUUUCUUCAGUUGGUAAUAGUAGGCAAACUAGCCAUGGACUGGGUAGUAACAAUAUCACAGAACAGCAAAUGACCCUGAAACAAAAUAUGCCUUUAACACAUGGCCUUAACAAGCCACUUACUAUCUCUAAAAACAUGACUUCAUUUGGCACUACACACCUGCUACCUGCUAUACAAGCUUCAACUCUAAAUAUGAUGUCUAAAGGUAGUACUCAAUUGCCUGGGCCUCCUUCAACAUGUCCCCAGAUUACAAAUGCACUUAAACCACUACUAGUUUCUGCUUUGCAGCAAAGCAGAUCUUCCCAGCCAAGUAACCCCUUAAUGCUCCCAGCAGAUACCACCAUUAAAGACAGUGUAGUUCUUAAAACCAUUAUGCCUCCAUCUGUAUUAUCCGAUAGUAAAAAUGCAGAUUUGUCCUUUGUAGCAUAUCAGCCCUCUGUGCCAGAUACAUCUCGUACUAUAGCAUUAUGAAUUAGGUACAAAAAAGAUGUACAAUUCAUACUUUUUGUUCAGCUGCAGCUCUCUGGUUGCUAUAGUCAAAAUUACCCAAGCAACCAUGUAGUGGUGCUAAUGAGAGUCUGCAAAAAACUGAAAGGUGAGUAGAUGAGGGCCUGAAUAAAAAUAAAAUGAAUAAAAACAUCAAAAUUGUAACCUCACGGAGCAAUAGUUUUUGUUUUGAGGCAGAAGAAAAAGGAAAACAAUUCAAAAGUUAUUUGAAAAAAAGGCCAAUUGAAAAAGUUGCUAAUAUCUGCCUGUUCUAAAAUAUACUAAAAGUUCAUUUAAAUGUGAUCUACCCCUUUAAACUACUACUGGGGCAGUAAGUUGCACACUCAUACAUUUUUGUGGCAUUCUUUUUUUUUUUAUGUCAAACUAAUUAAGCAUUGUUUGUUGUUUUAUGUACCACACAGAGUACAGUUUACAGUUGAUCUGCAAAGGCUGUAUGUUUUUUGUACUUCUUUGUGUUAAUCCAGAGAAGCAUUCUGAAAGCACUUAGUUCAUACCAUGGUUAAUAGAACAAAUAGUUUCUAUGUCCAGUUUGACAUGAGUAGUCUAGGUCUUUGCGCACUUUAAUUCGAUUUUUUGCAGUUUGUCUAGACCAGUAUUUGUCUUUCUAGAUAUGUAAAAUCAUUUUCCCUUAAAAUGAUGUAAAAUUGUACAUAUUCUUUGCCUUUAACAUUCUUUACUAAAUCUUAUGUAUAAACAGUGUCUUAUUUAUGUUUUGUUUACAUAAUGUAUAGUUUUUUAAGUAUUUUAGUGAUUUUUUUUUGAACAGUGUACUGUUUAGCAUUGAUGCAGACCAAUCUGCAUGUAAUAAAUAAACCAACUUGCUGUAUUCA